GGAGGGUAAGUGGAAACAGAAGCGGGGCUUUUGACUCAGAAACUUCUCAGUCUUCAGAAAGGAGCAGAAAGCGACAUGGAUCGUCUGUAAUCCAGCUAGAACAGGAUGAGUGUGUCCAGCCUUCACUCUCCUCCCCCGUCUCCCCAACCUGCUCCUCUUCCUCUCUCCUCUUCCUCUGUCACUUGCUGCCCGGAGCUUGAACUGUCAGCAACACUCAGUCCCGCCCCGAAGCCCCUCCCACUGAGGCAGAAUCAGCAGAUUGACCAAUCUCAGCUGAGGCCCCGCCCACUGAGGCAGACUGUAAAAAAGAGCAACACUAAGGUGCGCUUUGAAGAGCCAGUGGUAACUGCAUCACUACCAGAGGCUCAGCAGCCAAUGGGAGGUCAGAGAGGGGGCAGAGAGCAUCACCAUGCUUUCACACCUUCAUCGAAGCCUCCUGCUGCAACGUCCAGUCCAGAACCCAGCUGUCUGGAGGAGGCGGAGCUGAACACCACCCUAGCUUUGAAGGCGGAGCUUCUGUCUCUACAGAGUGAAGAGUUUGACUCCAAGAAAGCCAUUCAGGAGACACUACGGAGGUCGGACAGGACCAAAAACCUCAUCAGUGCCAGGGCUACUGAAGUGGUAAAUGUCUCUCGCUCCCAGCAGCUCUUCACCUCGUUGGUCAGCGUCAGUGUUCAGAAGGAUCAGCUGAUCAGCCAGGUGUUACACGGCAGACUGCUGCUGGCUCCGCCUCCCCGCAGCCCUCCAGUCACUAUGACAGUAGAGGCCCCUUCCCUCCUUGUUUUCAGGACCUCUGACCAACUCAGACAGAAGCCCCUCCCACAAGAGGAAGAGCCCGCUGCCUGCCAGCCGGGUCCCAUGGCUCGGCCGGCCUCCUCCACGUUUGACCUGUGCAGACGGCAGAGAUGUUGGGAGGCGACGCCCUGACGGGCUGAGAUGGACACCUGCAUAUUUUAACAUGUAAACUUUUCUCUGUGGAUUUCACAUUAAACAUUUUUAUAGUUACCGUGGUUA